AUGGCGCUCGCGACCGGCACCUCCGCCUGCAGCGCGGCGCUGCCGCACGGCGCGGAGGACCUCUGGACCCGGGUCAUCGUGCGGAACACCUUCAUCGAUCUCGCGGAGGAGGCGCCCGACGGCCGCCGCCCCCGGGCCUCGUCCGCCCCGGCGCACGUGCGGGUGGCCCUCCCGGCAGGUGGCAAGCUCGGCCCCUCCUGGUUCGACCGCGUCGGGCCCGAGGAGGCGGAGGAGGACGCCUCCACCGAGAGCGGGGAGACGGCGUCCGUCACCGGCUCGGCGGUGGAGGUGGACGCCGUGUCGGUGGCGGACUCCGAGCAGGCCUGCUGCCGAGCCCAACCAGAUACGCGCUCGACCUCGGCGGCGUCCGACGACGGGGCGGAGGAGAUCCGCGAGCGCUGGGCGGACAUCUCCGGCGACGAGGGCCAGGAGUUCCGGGGCACGCCGCCGCCCCCGCGGGCCCCCCCGGGCACCUUCCUGGGCCUGCCCGUUGCCAGCGGCGGCCCGCCGUGCCGCGGCGCCCGCCUGAGCUCCUCCGCGAAGGCCUUCACGCCGGCGGCGCCGUCGGCGGCCACGCCGCCCGGCUCGCGCAAGUUUCGGCGCGAGGUGGAGGGCCUCGCGAACAAGGUCAAGCUCGCACUUGCGGGCUCCUGCGACAUCCUCGUCACGGCGGAGGCCGGCUACAGCCCGCAGGGCUGGUUCGUGUCCGUCAGCCUCUCGGGUCAGAACCUGCACAUGAGGGAGUGGCUGCUGACCCAGGCCAAGCAGGCGAUCUGCGGUGCACAGCUGAGGCACUCCCAGGUGAUAGGCCACUGCGCCCAGCCCUUCCAGCAGACGCCGCUGGGCUUCGCUGCCAGGCUUGGCAGCGUCCCGGACGAGGAGAAGGCCUGCUGGAACCUCCUUAAGCAUGGCUUUUGCCAGUACGGCGACUUCUGCCACUGGCAGCACCCCUCGGCGCAGACGGUGCUGAGCGUCAAGGUCAACGUGGUGGCGGAGCUGACUGCCGCGGCGGAGGCCUGA